UCCGCAUUCAGUCAGUUUCAUAAUGAUCCCUUGCAUAGCAGGUCGUACCAGAGUUACCUGGUCGGACGCAACAAUAGUAGUGAAACGAUGACUACAAUAAUUUGAUAUGCUUUUUCUUUCCAUCUUUUACCGGAACAGUUCAACAGCCGACGAAGAUUAGAAUACUUUGAUGCGCUCACAGGCCCUAAGCAGAACCCCUGGGCUAGUUUGAUGACAAGCUAGGCUAGAAGAUGAGGAGGAGUCUAAAUGACUGUUUCGUCUUUGACGUAUUGACCCGUCUACUGUUGUUUGCAGUGUUCUGUGUGACGGAGGUGCUACCUCCUUUCUCUCGUGAGAUCCAGCCAGAGGAGAUGUGGCUCUACAAGUUCCACCAUGUGGAGAAUGACCACGUUCCUACCAAACUCAUGUUUAGCAUAGCACUUUUCAUCCCUAUGGCUGUCAUCAUGUUGUUUGCCUUUCUGAACAAGACAGAGAAGAGGGACAUUAAGGACGCCUCUCUGGCUGUGACGUUGACUCUGGUACUCAAUGGGGUUUUCACCAACGCUAUCAAACUGGCAGUGGGCAGGCCACGGCCAGAUUUCUUCUACCGCUGUUUCCCUGAUGGUCAGAUGAACACGGAGCUGCAAUGCAGUGGAGACCCCGACACCGUAAAGGAGGGGAGGAAGAGCUUCCCUAGCGGACACUCAUCAUUUGCCUUUGCUGGUCUGGGCUUCACUGCUCUGUAUGUGGCGGGGAAGCUGCACUGCUUUAGUCCAGCAGGACGGGGCAAAGCCUGGCGACUCUGUGCCUUCCUCGCCCCUCUCCUCUUUGCCAUCCUCAUCGCCAUGUCCAGGACCUGCGACUACAAGCAUCACUGGCAAGAUGUCCUGGUGGGCUCUCUGCUGGGGUUGGUGUUUGCCUGUCUGGGCUACUGGCAGCACUACCCGUCUCUCAGUGACUCAGACAGCCACAGGCCCCUGCUGCACAGGGAAGUAGUCCCGGCGGCACAGGAGCGCAAGCAGCAGGAGCAGCAGGCCAACUCAGGAUACCUUCUGCCUCUGACCAAUUGUAUAGAAGUGAAAGGACCUCCACGGUUACGUUGGAUCACAAGCAAGGGAACAUGCUAGCACUCUCGGUUUUACAAAUCUAAGAGUAAUCCAAAUCGAAUGAGAAAAUGAAUGAAUCAUAUGGAGUCUUUCUUGAUCACUUAUGAUGCCAAAAUUGGAUGUCUCCUUUUUUAAUGCACUUACGGAUACUGUAUGUAUAGUACGUUGUUUACGAUACUGUGCCAAUAAAGUUUGUUACCAGGGAA